CUUGCACAAGGAGAGCGCAGGGCCGCCCCCUUGCAGCCCCGGGCGGGAACGCCGCGACGGGGAGGAGGGAGGCCGAGGUUCCCGCCCUUUCCCCGCCCGCCCGAAUCCAAGGAAGGCCCUUCCGGGCGCGGGAAAGGCGGGCGGGAAGGCAAAGGCCGGAGCGGGCACGCAUGGAGGCACAGAGGGGGAUGGCUGAGGCAGCGGAGGAGGAGAAGGAAGCGGCGGCGCUGAGCCUCCAGCGGCAACAGGAGAGAACACCCAAUGAAAAUCCAAGCAUGUGCAUUCCAAAAAAACCUAUGAGGAGUAGGACUUUGGCUCAGCAAAUUAGAAUUAUUCUUACACCUGUGGCAGCCACCAAAGGAGAGCACAACAGGCAUUUGCCUCAGAAACGUUUGUUGGAGCAAUUUUCCAGCUGUGAAGAGUCUUUAGGUAAAGAACCCAAAGCUAAGAAGGCCUGUAACCAUCCUUCAAGUCCACAAACCAGGGCGGUAAUGUCUGAGGCUUCUCCCAGACCAGCUGAGGAAGUUUUCAACACAGAAUCUCAAAUAUGUGGUUCAGUUGUAGCAGCUGUCAGCAGUAAUUUGGAGGAGGAUGGAGAUCCCAAGAGUGACAGAAAAAAUGACAAUGCAUCAACACGGCUAUCAGCUUAUGAAAGAAAGAGACUGAAGAACAUAACAGAAAAUGCAAAAUUUUUUGCUUCUCUAAAGCUGUUUGAGUCAGCAGCAAGACUUCGUGAAAUGACAGUCAGAGGGCAGUCUCAGAGAAUACAAAGGAACUCAAGGUGGCAUACAUGGUUCUUCACCACCUCAUUUAAUCAAGUCAAGUUUAUUGUUACGAUCAUAGACCCAUACAGCAAAUUGCACUGGAUACUACAAUACAUUAUACAUAGAAUUAAACCUUCAAAGGCAAAAGUUGAGACAGCUUGCCGAAGAUCCAUGCGCUUGCAGAAAAUAGAUCCCCUGGGUGCUCCCCUGCCAGAAACACAAUCGCAGCCGGAGCCUGCAGUGGAAGAACAUCCUCGUUUGCCACCUGGACCUCUUCAGAUGAUACCCACAGAUCAAGAUAAGGAAAAUGAAGUAACUGAAGGAUUUCUGAAUGUGUGGGCUAAAAUAAGUCAGGUAAAGCCUAACACGAUUGAGAAGCCUACGUGUGACUUGGAAAGUUACAAAGCUAGUCUGCAUAAAAUGGUCCUCCAAGAAGAUUCUGUAGCAAAAGUGGUCCAAAACCGAAUUCACUCUGUGGCUAUCCAUCCAUCUGAAAGCAGAAGUUUGGUGGCAGCUGGAGACAAGUGGGGACAGAUUGGUCUCUGGGAUUUGGACUGCAGACAGGAAGAUGGAGUGCACGUCUUUUCCCCCCACAGCCGGCCAGUGAGCUGUAUGUAUUUUUCUCCAUCUGAUCCUGCUCAUCUUCUGUCCCUGAGCCACGAUGGCACGUUGCGAUGUGGGGAUUUAACCAGAGCAGUCUUUGAUGAGGUAUACAGAAAUGAGGAAUACCACCUCUCUGCAUUUGACUUCUCCACAGUUGAUGCUUCCACUUUGAUUGUCGCAAUGUGGGAUGGAGAGGUAGCAGUAGUAGAUCGAAGGACACCAGGAACGUCUUCUGAACUUUCUGCAAAACUUAAUUCAAAGACGACGAGGACUGUCCAUGUCCAUCCAGUCAACAGGCAUUAUUUCAUUGCUGCCGGAGCAGAGAAUGUUGCUAUUUAUGAUGCUAGGCACCUGGAGAAGAGUGGAGGCAAGCCUGUGGUCUCUCUCACAGGGCACACGAAGAGUGUGGCUUCAGCUUAUUUCUCACCUGUGACUGGCAACAGGGUGCUGACAACUUGCGCUGAUGAUACAUUGAGGAUCUUUGGGACUAAAUGUAUAUCAUCUUUAGCCCCUGUUCUCACAACUAUCAGGCAUAACAACUACACAGGGCGAUGGCUAACAAAAUUCAGAGCGGUAUGGGACCCAAAGAGGGAUGACUGCUUUGUGGUGGGGAGCAUGUCUCGGCCAAGACAAAUCGAGGCCUUUCAUGCUACAGGACAGCUGUUGCAUUCCUUCAUCAACGAAGACUGUCUUGGCUCAGUUUGUUCCAUCAAUGCCUGGCACCCUACCAGGUACAUAAUAGCGGGCGGUAACUCCAGUGGCCGCCUCCAUGUUUUCAAAGAAUGAAAAAAAUAGAGACAGUUGAAUCUUUAGCUAAGAACAAAGAGUAUUAUUUGCAUUUUAGCUUUGUUAGGGUGUAUAGUUUGUCUUGGUACAAAGGCAUUUAUUCACAAUAAGUGUAUUCAGUUACAAAUUUUAAAGCAAUAUAGAUUGCCAGUAAUGGAAAUACAUAAGGCUAGCCUUGGAAUUCCAAUGCAGUGACGACUUCUGGGUUUUUGCAAAGUUGCUAAGUGAUACUGUUAAAUGGUUUCAACUUACUGAGUUCAUUCAUUGUGGCUUAGAAAUCUAUACAAGAGACUGUGCACUAGACCAUGUUUAAUUCAGAAGUUAAUUGUGGAUAGCAUUAUUUUGAGAUGGGAAAGUGUUUUUGUGUGUUUCAAGAGUGGAUUGAAGCCAUAGUCUUUUUUUUUAACAUCCACUAAUUUGAACAUAAGCAGAAUGUUAAUAAAGUUUAUGCAUAGCAAGAUGGAAAAUGCAAUUAUGUCUGUUGCAUAGUAACACCAGAUGGCCCCUUCGGUUAGGAAACGGGUAUUGUAAAUAAGCCAGUGUUAGACCUGCUGACUGUAUUCGGCUUCUUUAAAGUAAGCACAAUAAAUGCUUUGAAAAUUA